CUGAUCCCGACCCGUGUAAAUCAAACCCAUGCUUAAACGGAGGAAACUGUAUAGGAUCGUUACCACCGCAACAAACCUACAUGUGUGUUUGUAACAGCGCCUACAGUGGACAAAACUGUGAGAUAGGCAAUGCAUGCUUAAACAAACCAUGUUUGAAUGGAGGAUCUUGCACGGGAACAAGUGAUGGAUACAUGUGCCAUUGUCUCCAAAACGUUGACGGGUUUUCUUACCACGGCCCUAACUGUGAGCUGAAAUCACAGUCACUAUCAAAAGUUUGCGCUGAUCUCCCAUGUAGAAACGGAGGAACAUGUCAUGCUAGUACCACUGGAUUUUCAUGUACAUGUUAUUCUGGCUUCACUGGACAAUUCUGUGAAUUAUCUUUUGAAAACUUGCUGAACGGCUGUGACACCAAACCUUGUUUAAAUGGAGGCACGUGUUUUGCAACAACAACUGGACAUAAAUGUGUUUGUACAGUAUCUCAGGAUGGAAUGAUACAGUAUACUGGUACACAUUGUGAAACAAGAGCGACUUUAGAUACUGACCAUUGCAAUAGUAGUCCAUGUUUACACGGAGGAACUUGUUCAAACAUGGGAAAUUCUCCUGGCUAUAUUUGUCAGUGUGUGGCGAUUCCGACAGGAAAAACGUAUGGGGGACUGCGUUGUGAAGAGGAAUUGAAUAUGUCAAAUUCUUUCAACUCUUUCUGGUGA